UGUGGUACCAAUUCCGGACGCCAGCCAAAAUAACGUUGGGAAGGCCCCAUCUGGAACCCUACAACCGUAAGCAGUAGCAUCGAUAAGGGUUUUACUGGCUAUUCCGGUAACGAGCUCCCUAUAAGUAUGCCAACGUCUUCCACCUCUUUCUCAGCCAAAUUCCUCGCUCAUUUUCACAAACUUGGUUUUUGUUCUUCCAACAACCCAAAUCUCAAACCUCUCCCUCUCUCUCUCUUGUGAUUCUCUUUCUUUCUCUCUCUUCAAACUUGGACAGUUUAUGGCAGCAGCUAGAUUGUCGGGGCAUGAAUUGUCCGAUCUGUGUCUUGGGAAACCGCCGCUCAGGUCCCUCUCCGUCCGCGACACCGUAGCCGACGCCCUCGCCGCCUUGAAGAGGAUCGACGACACCUACGUCAGCGUCUGGAACUGUAACCACUCUUUCAUUCGAAAACAACAACCUCAAAUUAAAUCCCAGGAACAGCUCCAAUGCUGCUGCACCUGCAUCGGUAAGGUUUGCAUGGUCGACAUCAUCUGCUUCCUCUCCAAACCCCAAAACCUCUCUUCACCUUCCGCCGCCUUUCUUUCCCCAAUCUCCGCUCUCCUCCACGACAACUCCGCCGUCCUCGUCCGCCACCUCCCACCCACCGCCAGUUUACUGGAGGCUAUAGAUGUUAUGCACGAAGGGGUGCAGAACCUGGUGAUACCAAUACAAAUCCAGUUUGAAUCUUUGAACUCCAACAACGUGCACCACAAUGACAACACCACCUACUGUUGGCUAACUCAAGAGGACGUGUUCCGCUACCUCCUUAACUCAAUUGGUGUGUUUUCCCCAACACCGGGGAACCCCAUCAACACCUUAGGCGUCAUUGACACACAAAACCUUUUUGCAGUGUGCUAUGACGACCCUGCCUCCUCUAUCUUGGACCUCUUGGCCUUGUCCCUCUUAUACCAAAGUUCCAUCGCCAUCGUCGACCCAAAUGGCAAGUUUGGUGGCGAAAUCUCCCCUGUCAUGCUCAACUCCUGCGACGAAUCCGUUGUGCCGGCUAUAGCCACCCUCUCUGCCGGUGACCUCACUGCCUACAUCGACUGUGGUGGGCCACCGGAGGACUUAGUGCAGUUAGUGAAAGAGAGGGUGAAAGAGAAGGUGGAGGAGCAGAACCUGUUGGAAUUGCUUGGCGAUGAAACAACAGGAACAGGACUUACUUCAUGGUCUUCUUUUUCUUCUAGUUGUUCUUCUGAUGAAGAGUUUUGCUCUGGGAAGAAUUGGAAGCUUGGAGGGUACUCUGCAAGGGUUGGGAGAAGGUCUGAAGCCAUUGUUUGCUACCGUUGGAGCUCUUUAGUUGCUGUGAUGAUUCAAGCAUUGGCACAUCGUGUGAGUUACGUGUGGGUUGUGGAAGAGGAUGGAACCUUGACGGGGAUUGUUACUUUCCAAGGAAUGUUGAAGGUUUUCAGAGACCACCUCAAAUCCAUGUGCUAACAGUUACUUUAAAACUACUACAUUACAUGAUGAUGAUGAUGAUGCAGAUAACGACUACUAUAUGCUACCACUUCAGCUAAUUUGUUGUAAUAAAAAUCCGCUUGCAAAUGAUCUCUUUUGGCUUUGUCGAAGAAUCGAGAUAUGAAGUAGAUAGCACGGAUUUGUGCCUAGGCACAAAUCAAUUUUGCUUUUUGUUUACCUACCCGUGAUUUUCUUUUGCUUAAAUUUGGCCUCCCAAGAUGUUCCAUCAUGUAAUUUAGUUUUCAAAGGAAAAAAUCUUAAAGAGUUUAAUUUCCAUAUAA